UUCUUGCCAAACAAACAGUAAAACAAAAAAAACAAAAAAAUUUGAUUUCUUCCGCGAACAGCGACAACAAACCCAAAAGACAAAAAAAAAAAAAAAAAAAAAAAAAACCCCUUGAUUUUCGUUCUGCGAAAGCGAGGAGGAAAAAUCAUUACUUCGGUUUUUUUUUUCCCCUCGAGAAAAGAAAAAUGGAUGGUCGAAGUCGUGACUGGGACAUCCAUCUCAGAGCCUUAUCGAGUAGCGCCAGUAUCGCCAGCGAUCCUGCUUCCGAUUCUUCUCUUCUGAAAUCCGUGAAGAAGCUUCACGAAUUGUGUAAGGCUGAGAACUCGGAGGAUCUGAUAGCUCGAGUUUAUCCACAAAUUUACAGGCUUUUUCAACGCUCAGUCGCUUCUCUGUCUCAGUCUCAAACCUCCAACGGCCUUCUCUUACUGGCUAUCCUUCAAUUUUAUCUCGAUUUCGGUGAUGUGGUUCUUCAUGAUGCUGAUCCCAAUUUAAGAACAUUCUUUAGGACAUGCUUGAGCCGUGAGUUUGCAGAUCCUGCUGUUGCAGAAGCAACCCUUGAGUUUCUGAAUGUGAACAAGAAAAAACUUCUAAGCUCUUUUCCUACUUUACUGCCUCAGUUCUUUCCAUUAUUGCUGAAGCUGAUUGCUUGGAAUGGAGAAAAAUUGGAGAAAUCGUUUCUGAAAGUGUUUCCUGGAUUGGUAUCACCUGGGUCAUUUCUUCCACUACUUCCGGCAUUAGUGGACUUGCCAAUUUUGGUUGUGGCAUUGGAAAAAGUGGAAAAGAGCUCAGGGUCACUAGUUGGAAACAGCAUAGCUUCAAUCCAGAAGAGUACGGCUCCUGAGAUGCUACUGGCACUCAUGGAUGAAGCUUAUACGGGAUCUACAAUUGGAGAUGGGGGAGGAGAUUCUGAAUCUGAAGACAGCAAUACGAUAGAUGUCGCUGAUCCUGUGUUCCUUGAACUUCUGAAAGAUGAAAAUGAUGGCCUUGCUGAACGCCACUGGACCUCCCCCGUGGUGGCUGCAGCACUACAGGCUGCAAUCAACACCCCUCAGUCUGAUAGGCUAAAAUAUGUACUCAAUAUGACACCCCGGCUUAUUGAUGUAUAUUUUGCCAUAGCAUUGCGUGAUGUCAAUGAUUCUUUGAUCUGCGCUUUGAUUCCUCUUCUUAUGUCUAGAAAUGCCACAAUGUUGCCAGACAAAAACUUUUGUUUUGAGGUUCGGAAAAGGCUUUUAGAAUUCAAGCUUUCUGCAUUCCAACGCUCUCCUGGUUUUAUUGCAAUUCUAAAGUUUGACUAUCUAGAACUUUUACAGAAGCCAAUAAUGGAUAGGCUUGCAGAAGCAUAUGACAGCCCAGAAAAGUCAGAGUUGGCGUUACAACUGUGUUGGGCCAUCGGAGAGCAUGGUGGGGGCGGUGCAUCUCACAAAGACGCAGCUCGUGAGCUUUUUGAGGGCUUAGAAUUACUCUUAUACGAAAACCUUUCAUCUAGUCGUCUAGGCUUUAGGGAGGAAUCUGCCUUUGGCUCCGCCAGCCAAGUCUUCAGCAAGUCAUCACAGUCAAGGCUUCUGUGUUUUGUUGUUACAGCUAUAGCAAAGCUGGCUACACAUCAUCGUGAGUUGCUACCUAGGGCACGUGUUUCCUUGGGAAAGGUAGCUCGAUCGCGAAUCUCAGACGUUAGAGUUUGGAGACGUGCUCGUGAUUAUUUGGGUUUAAUGAGCGAACCUGCAAUCUCCUCGUCUGUUUUGGGGCCUUCGCAACCUUCCCCUGGACUAGGGCAGAAUCCAGGCACUGUAAAGUGGAGCGAUGGUGCCACGAAGAUGAUUGCGCAUAUUCCAUUUUACAUUCUCGGUGAACAAGAAGGUCAACCUUCCCAUGAUUGUUCAUUUUCAGAUAUUCUUCCAAGACGAUAAGUGGAGCUUGUCUUGUGGAGAAUUCUCCAAUUUUGAACCUGAGCCGUUCUUUUUUGUGUCUCAUGGAUUCUUUGUUUGUCCUCGGGGGGAGCUACACAUUAUUGAGGGUAGGCGGCCGUCCCAUCUGAAUUUUUAUUUUUCUUUUAAUUUUGUAUGUAUAUUUUGUUGAAAGAUUACAUAAUCUUUAUUUGGGAGAUAGGAAUAAACAGUUCCAAAGUUCCUUAUUUGUGCAAAAUAGAUGAUUCUUUUGAACUCGGCUGCUUU